AAUAAAACACUCGGUUAAAAAUAAAAAUAAAGUAUUGUUUAAAAAAUAAAAUGAUCAAUUGUUAUCCUUCAGAGUGACUUCAGAACAUAAAUAAUUUGUAAAAGUUUUAUAUUAUUUGAUUUCGUAAAAAUUUAAUGAUGUCCUAUAAUUAUAGUGGUGUACCUCAAACAUCAAUGACUCCCAUAAUGUCAAAUUUGGGAAUGGGACCAACGGGUCCCAUGAUGGCAGGAGGACCACAAAGUUUUAUGAAUCCAAUGAUUACAAAUCAGCCACCAACAGGAAAUAUGAUAUUACCUACUGGACCAGGAAUGAAUGAUAGUCCAUUAGAGUUUAAUAUGAAUAAAAACAAUCCACCAAUGCCUUUAGAAUCGUCAGCAAAUCGUGCAGGCAGUGAUGAUGAUUAUUCUAACAAAAAUGAUAUGCGAAGAGAUCGUGGCAGGAGAAAUAACAGACGUGAACGAGAUCGGAGAGAAGACAGACGAAACUCGAGAGAGCGUGAUCGUACUAGAGACAAAGAUGGUCGUAGAGGUAGCAGCGAAGAUCCACCAACAAGCACUACAACAGGGAAUUUACAAAGAGGAACAGAGCCUAGUGCUGCAAUUAAUCCCGGAAUGUGGAGCGGUGUAAUGGGUAUGGGCUAUCCCAUGAUGGGAAUGAUUAUGGACCCCACAAAUAUUAUGGGAAUGAACAAUUAUGGUACUUUAAUGCAACCUAUCAUACAACCAGAUGGAACAUUAUUACCAGCAGACACAUCAAUAGAUCCAUUGAUACCUCCGGCUGGUCCGAUGGUUAAAGAAGUUAUUCAUUGCAAAUCCUGCACUUUGUACCCACCUAGUCCCACUGCACCAGUACCCACAACAAGAGAGAGACCACCAGGUUGUCGUACAGUUUUUGUUGGAGGAUUACCAGAGAAUAUAACGGAGGAGAUAUUAACAGAAGUUUUUGAAAAAUGUGGGGAAAUUACAACACUACGCUUAAGUAAGAAGAAUUUUUGUCACAUACGAUUUAUGUAUGAAACGUCUGUAGAUGCAGCUAUUUAUUUAUCUGGAUAUCGAAUACGCAUUGGAAACAAUUCUGAUCCUCCAAAUAGUGGUCGACUGCACGUGGAUUAUGCUCAGGCUCGUGACGAUCAAUAUGAAUGGGAAUGUAAACAAAGAGCAUUAAUGCGUGAACAACGUCAUCGUGAACGAAUGGAAGAAGAACGUCUACGGCCACCCUCACCGCCUCCCGUUCAACAUUACACUGAGCACGAAGCUGCCACAGUUGCAGAUAAAAUUAAGCAAGAUGAAUCGUUUCCCAAAGCUGUACAAGUGAUCAUAACAUGGCUCGAACGUGGUGAUUGUAAUAAACGGAAUUCAAAUACAUUCUAUUCAAUGAUCCAGUCAACAAAUUCUCAUGUUCGUCGAUUACUUGCUGAAAAAACCCAAUACGAAGAAGAAUUACAAAAAGCAAAAGAAAUUAUGAAGGGGCGAAUGCAAGGAUUAUUAAUACAAUUCGGACAAAUUGAACGUGUUUUUGCGGCCGCCUCACACAAGAAGGUUUGGGAUCAUUUCACGAAAGCUCAGCGAAAGAACAUAGACAUGUGGAAGAAGCAGACGCAGGAGAUCAAAUCUGUUCAAUUGGAAGAUGUUUUCAACGAACGAGCUGACGAAGAAAUGGAUGUUUCGGAUAAUGAUGAAAAUGAAACUGUGUCACGUAAACGACAAAGAGUUGCUGAUACAACUUCUGAUGAAAAAAAUCAUCUUAAAGAAGAAAAUGAUAGUUUACGAUGUCAGCUAGAAGCCUACAAAAAUGAAGUAGAUCUUGUACGUUCAGAUCUACAGUCAAGUUUGGAUGUCAAAGAAAAACAACUUCAAAUGUUACAACAAACAUUGAAAGGAAUGCAAAAACAAUUGUUAGAUUCAAUGAAAAAACAAUCAGAGGAUGAUGCUAAAGUCAAAGAUUUACAGGCUCAAUUAGAGUCAAAAUCACCAGAUAAAGAAUGUACUAUAAUUGAUCUAGACGCUUCUGAUUCUCCUACUACCAAAUCCGAUGAAUCUCAAUUAUCGAAUGUCACUUCAUCUGUGUCACCAGCUAUUUCUGAACGUGAAGCAAAAUUAAUUGGUCUUAUAUCAAUAUUUUUACAUGUUCAUCCAUUUGGUGCUGGUGUUGAUUAUAUUUGGUCGUAUUUACAAAAAAUGGAAACCAGUUUAAAACCAUCUGAUGUUGAGAAUAUUAUGUCAAAAUUCCCUACCAUUUUUAAACAAGAAUUAUCUGGUAUUGGUGCAAAUAUGGAACGUAGAUGGCAAUUUAAUGGUUUACAAAUGUCGAAUAGUAUCAUAAAUUAG